GGCACGCCCGCUUCGUCCUCUCACAUCCUACGGCUCAUACGAAAGCUCAUUUUGUAUCAUCCUACCCGCCGUUGGAUAUCUUUCUCUCCUUGUGACAUUACUUAUCAUAUUCCCUUCAUUUUUGGCGCUUGCCUUCUUGUUUGAUCCUGCUCCUUAGUCUUAGUACCACCAAGUACUACAAACGACGCCAACUGUAAAACACCUCAAAAUCUAUUUUCUCACAUUCAUUCACGGUUUCGAUUCGACCAAUUCCAAGGCCAUUCACAUUGCGUAUAAUUGUACAUGCGAUUGAGACACGGCUUCUCGCAUUUCGUUGCACAUAAAUACUUUCCAACAAGCCUUGCGACAAGAAACCGUUUAACGAUUCGACAAUUACUUCUGCGCUAUACUCGAAACUCUCGUUUAUUGACUCCAUCUGCGCUUUCAACCACCCGUAUAUCUGAUUGUUUAAGGAAAAACAAAUCAAUCAAUAUGAUCGGCACCAAUGGCGUCGCAACGCGUUCGAAGAGAAAGUCACAUCCAACGGGGCCCGAGAGACCUCAGAAGCAACUCCGAGCCUUGAAUGGGAAAGAGUCAACAGGUGUUAAUACUCCAGAAAUCGACCUUUCGGACGAUGAUUUCGACAUUGAUGGCCCACAACUAUUACCAUCAAAUGUAUCACCAGAUACAGCUGAAUGGCAGGCCACCAUAGAGCGGGUGGUGCGGAAUGUAGUUUCGAUCAGAUUUUGUCAGACUUGUUCUUUUGACACAGACCCUGCAUUAACCAGCGAAGCUACUGGCUUUGUGGUAGAUGCAGAAAGAGGGUACAUCUUGACCAAUCGACAUGUUGUUGGAUCAGGACCUUUCUGGGGAUAUUGCGUUUUCGAUAAUCACGAAGAAGUUGAUGCUUACCCGGUCUAUCGUGACCCUGUUCACGAUUUUGGUAUAUUACGAUUUGACCCUAAAGCUAUCAAAUACAUGCCUGUCACCGCUCUGGGACUGCGACCAGAUCUUGCGAGGGUAGGAUCAGAGAUCAGAGUGGUUGGUAAUGAUGCUGGAGAGAAGCUUAGUAUUUUAUCCGGAGUCAUCAGUAGACUAGACAGAAAUGCCCCCGAAUAUGGUGACGGAUACUGCGAUUUCAAUACCAACUACAUACAAGCAGCUGCUGCUGCGAGUGGUGGAAGUUCUGGAAGUCCAGUCAUUAAUAUUGAUGGAUACGCCGUUGCCCUACAAGCGGGUGGAAGAAGCGAUGGUGCUGCGACGGAUUAUUUCUUGCCUCUCGAUCGACCCUUGAGAGCUCUUCGAUGCGUCCAAGAGGGUAAACCCAUUACCCGGGGAACAAUUCAAUGUCAAUGGUUAAUCAAGCCAUUUGAUGAAUGUCGGAGACUUGGUUUAACACCCGAUUGGGAAGGCAUUGUUCGAACAGGAUUUCCAAAGGAGACCGGUAUGCUCGUCGCAGAAAUUGUUCUUCCAGAAGGACCGUCACAUAAAUUGAUUGAAGAAGGGGAUCUGUUACUCAAGGUCAACGGCGAAUUAUUGACACAAUUCAUUCGUCUAGAUGAUAUCCUUGAUUCUAGUGUUGGUCAGACGGUAAGCUUCCUUAUACAGCGUGGUGGAGAAAAUAUCGAAGUUUCAGUUGCUGUUGGAGAUCUUCAUAUGAUUACACCAGAUCGUUUUGUCUCUGUCGCGGGAGGCAGUUUUCAUGAUUUGUCGUAUCAGCAAGCACGUCUUUAUGGCGUUGCUUGUAAAGGAGUCUUCAUGUGCGAAGCUAGUGGAUCAUUCCGAUUCGAAGGCACUGAUAAUGGCUGGAUGAUUCAAACCAUUGAUCAUAAGAAGACACCUGAUUUGAAAAGCUUCAUUGAAGUCAUGAAGAAAAUUCCGGACCGAGAAAGGGUUGUAGUAACAUACAAACAUCUCCGAGAUCUCCACACUCUAAACACCGGCAUUCUCCAAAUUGAUCGCCAUUGGUCAAGUAAGAUGAGAUUGGCCGUCAGAAAUGACAUCACUGGUCUUUGGGACUUUUCGGAUUUAGCCGACGCUCUCCCACCCACAACACCUGUAGCUAGGUCUGCAAACUUCAUACAACUGGAGAAUUCACAGCAUCCAGCGGCAGCGGAUAUCGUCCGAAGCUUCGUUCGAGUGCUAUGCCACAUGCCUGUCAAACUCGACGGCUACCCCCGGAACCGCAAGUGGGGUAUGGGCGUUGUUAUCGAUGCAGAGAAAGGGUUGGUUGUUAUCUCUAGAGCUGUCGUUCCAUAUGAUCUAUGUGACAUUUCGAUCACAAUCGCCGAUUCCAUCAUUGUGGAAGGAAAGGUAGUAUUCCUGCACCCUCUACAAAAUUAUGCCAUUAUCCAAUACGACCCGUCGCUGGUUCUUGCCCCUGUGCAAAGCGCGAGAUUGAGCGAUAAGCAGCCCUCCCAAGGAGCUUCAACAUACUUCAUUGGUUUCAACACUAAUAUGCGAAUCGUCGUUGCUAAAACCACCAUCACUGAAAUUACUGCUGUUGCUAUCCCUGCGAAUGCUGCAUCUCCAAGAUAUCGUGCCAUCAACAUUGAUGCUAUCACUGUUGACACAAGCCUGAGUGGUCAAUGUGGAAGUGGUGUUCUUAUCGGUGAAGAUGGCGUUGUCCAAGCCUUGUGGUUGACAUACUUGGGAGAGAGAUCUCCAUCCAGCUCUAAAGAUGUCGAAUAUUAUCUUGGUCUUGCUACUCCUACACUUUUACCCGUCAUCAAAAAAAUACAAAAUGACGAGAAGCCUAAAUUACGCAUGUUGAGCGUUGAAUUCAAUACCAUCCAAAUGGCUCAAGCUCGUGUCAUGGGUGUCUCCGAAGAAUGGAUUCAUAAGGUUGCUGAAGAUAAUCGAUCUCGCCAUCAACUUUUCAUGGUACGAAAGCGCACCUUUGAGCGAAAUAGUGAGUCCGGUGCUCUUUUGGAAGGAGACAUUAUUCUAUCUCUCAACGGUAAAAUUAUUACUCGGGUUAAUGAAUUUGAUGUAAUGUACGACCAUGACGUUCUCGAUGCAGUCAUUGUCCGCGAUUGUAAGGAAAUGCACAUUAAGCUUGACACUGUUUCAGCAGAUGAUCUCGAGACUGAUCGAGCCGUUUCCUUCUGUGGAGCUAUUCUACAUCGCCCUCAUCAUGCUGUUCGCCAACAAAUCUCUAAAUUACAUAGUGAGGUUUACGUUGCGGCGAGAACAAGAGGAUCUCCAUCUUACCAGUACAACCUCACCCCAACAAACUUUGUGACCCAUGUCAAUGGGAAACCAACACCAGAUUUGGAAUCAUUCUUGAAGGUGGUAAUCGAUAUCCCUGACAAUACAUAUUUCCGCAUCAAGGUAGUAACCUUUGAUAAUGUCCCAUGGGUCAUCACAAUGAAGAAGAAUGAUCACUAUUUCCCAACUACAGAGUGGAUCAAAGACCCCUCGGAAAAGAGUGGCUGGAAAAGAAUCACCUAUGAAAUGGGUAAUGUCGUGGAAGGUGAAGGCAAAGAAGGUAUUGGCAGCGUAGUUGGUGAUGACGUCGGAGACUUCGAUGCUGGGGGCGGAUCUGACGACCCUAUGUCCUUCAAGUCAUUGUUGUGAAUGCCACAUAUAUGACAUGCAAUUGCAUUGACAAGGCAUGAUGUCAGCGUGUAUUUUAGUGGUUUGAAGUGCAUCUUGAUAGAAGGUAGCCAACCAUCAGUGAGCGAAAAAGUACAGCAGCAUUGACAUGCGAUAGUCAAUUGCUGCGAAGCUUUAUGAUAGUUCUGAUAGAUGAGGUUGCGGUUUCACGCCUUUCGAUGAUUCUAGUCGCAUUCGUAGAUCUAGAUAUGGGGCGUUUCUGGAUGAUGGGCCAAUGAUACCAAACCGACCAAUAAUCGGAGGAUGAAUAAUACCAACCAAUUUUAUUCAUGUAUAUGUGCCAUACACAUUUUGUAGAUAUCAAUGUACCGCGUUCACUUACUUCUUUCUUAUAUCUUUUGUACUGCGUUGCUUUGCUUCUGUCAAGGCGC